AUGCCCAGUUCCGCAACCUCCCGUGUCUCCCGACCACAGCUUCGCUCCAACUCCGUUCCAACUCCCCCCCCCCUCCCGCCCCCCCCCCCUCCCUGGCCCUGGCUCUGCGUCAGACUCUCUCCGUUUUUCUUGCGUUUCGUUUUCAGCAUCGGCCUCUACGACUACAUCUUCUCGCUGCCUGCGGCGAUUCCGCACUACCUCUUCUCCUUCACGCCGAGUUGCGUGGCGUGUUUCGCGUCGCUCUGCGAACUCGACAGGCUGAUUCUUUUGCGUCUCCUCUUCAUCCAGCAGCAUGUAAGUGAGCGGGCGAUGCGUCUCUGGGUCGGGCCGGGGAGCGCCGGCGAUCUCCGCCGCUCCCUCCAGCGCCUCGUCUCGCCCUGCCGCAUGCUGGUGGCCUCUGUCCAGGACGCGUCUGCUGCCAAACAGCCCUCGGACAGAACCAAGCAGGCUGCGUCCGGCGAAUCCUCCGAGUCGCCUCACACCUCCGCGCCCUCGCGGCCUUCGCAGGCGUCGUCGGGGCGCCCAGGGAGCCAGGCCCAACAUUUGACGACGCAGUACUCUCUCGCCGCCCCGCUGAAGCAGACGCUUCUCCAGUACGUCUUGGGCGGACCUUCUCGCCCGGCCGCGCCCUUCCUCAGACUCCCUGCGGAGGACAGUUUCCAGUUCCCCACCAAGGGCGAGCUCGUGAACCACAGCAGGAAGCAGUGGGACGCGCUUCUGCGGUUUAGCGUCGAGGGCGAGCGGGACUUGUUCGCAUGCGUCGAGGAGCGUUCGAAUGGCGGGAUUGUCCUCAGAGAAACCCACCUCGAGGGAGGCCGAGCACAGAGCGCGAAGCCGGCCGACGAGAAGAGCCGCGAGGGCGAGGGCGGCCCGAGCGACGAGCGCGGCGGAGGCGCAGACGGAUAUACAACAGGCGCAAAAAAACGAAGGAAAUCCGACAAACUCGCGACGCCCGGCCCCUGUGAAGACCUCGUUAAGGUUUUGAACCGUCGGCGUCUUUUAUGUCGUCGAACGAAGUCGCGUCGUUCUCUCUUGACGUUACCAGUUUCUCCGUCUCCCCCGCCUUCUUCGUCUCUUUCGUCUGCGGUGUCGCCGGCGGCUUCUCUGCACCCACCAGCCGCCCAGCCUGCGCCCGCGGCGGCGUCGGCCGCCGCGAUGUCUCGCGAGGCCUUCUCGUGGAUUUUGAAGGAUCUUAAGUCGCAGGUGAACUCGCUGGUCGUGGAGUUUCUUUUUCUCCUCGACGGGGGCGUCCUCACAAACGCCGCCCACGAUGCAGGCGGCCGAAGCAACGGCCCGCUCCACUCCGCGCCUGCGGCUGGGGCCGCCGCAGACAGGGAGCAAAAAAGCAAUGGCUAUGCCAAGCGCCAGCAAACAGGACACGCCGCCGGCGCAGCUGGGCACAGAGCGGAUCUCUCUGGAAAAGAAGAAGGACGAGAGGGCGGCUCUGCGAAUCGCAUCGAAGCGGCCACAAACGACAUGAAAGAAGUCCUCCUGUUGAUUCUUGCGCUGGGACAGGCCUCUGUGGGCCAGCCUAUCAGUCUGCGUCACCUGUCUCCUGCGCAGCGGCGCUUUAUCAUUUUCGCCAUAAACAUUGGCCUUGUCUGGGCUCCUCCCGUUUCCUGCUCUGCUCCGUAUGUCCUGGCGGCGCCGUACGCCCUUCUUCUUCGCCCAGACAAAGGCGGGCACAGUUUCGCUGGCGCCGUCGGCGGAGGGCCUGGAGCCCAAGGGACACCUGGCCCUCCGGCCGCCACGCAGCCGGGGGCGUCGCGCGGCACUGGGAUGGCAGCUGGCCCGCAGGGCGAGGUCGUGCAUCGCCCGGGGAGCUUAGGAGGCGGCAAGCUUCAGGAGGGCGAGAAAGAGACGGAGACGCUUGCGGUUCUGGAUAUCACUUUCUUUCCUCUCGUUCGCGACGACGAAGAGGGCGACUCCACACGACUUGAUCCUGCGGUAAGGUCAUCCAACUCUGCCUCGUCGCUGCUGCUCAGCUCUUCGACGUCGUCUGCUUCUUCCUCUCCGUUCUCGAUGAUGGGCAUGGAAGCAGGAAUGCUUGUGCAGAGCAACUUCAAGGUGUACGUCUAUACCGCGUCUGCUUUGCAGUUGUCGGUUCUUUCGCACCUCUGCGAACUCCAAGCCCGCAUGCCGAAUCUCAUUGUGGGCAUCCUCACCCGAGCGUCCGUGCUCGCCGCGUACAAGAGCGGGAUUACAGCGGACCAGAUCAUUCGGUUUCUCGAGGCACACGCUCAUCCGGUUGUGCUGGAGAGAAAACUGCGCACGAACGCUCCCCUGCUGCCAGAAAACGUGACCAUCCAGCUUCGGAUGUGGGAGGCGGAACGCAUGCGCCUCUCACUGUAUCCAGCGGUGCUUCUGAAGAAGUGGGACGCUCAGUUCAUGCCGGAGCUCUUUCAAAGAAGCGUACGGUGGGCCGUAGGCAAAAACUUCGCCAUCUACUUCACUCCGUGGCCCGAGGACCCAAACAGCGAGGAAUUCCGACAGUGGAUGCAGAAAGAAAAGUACCUCGCCAUUCAUGCCGACUACAAGCCCGAAAUGGUUGAGAAAAUCCGCGACGUCAGAGAUUCCAUCAUCAAGCAACAGGCUGGGAAAACGUGA